AUGAAGAUGAUGGGUGAAAUGGGGUGGAUUUAUUGCCCUAAGGAUGCUGUGAUACGUGGCCUGCUAUUUCCAUGGAUAUGUGACAAGAAUGCAUCACAAUGGUCAAUAAAGUUGAUUGAAACAGGUUUUUGGUUUGGUGGCACACUGAAAACAUCAUAUACUCUGCAUGAAGAUCAUGAAGCCAGUGAGGACAAAAACGGUCAGAUUCUGCCCGUCAAUCCGUUUAAAAAUGGCGAUGGCGGGAGAGGAAAAAAAAGGUCCUCUGAUAUCAUUUUAACUGCAUGA